CUCAUUUUUCAGCGGAUGGCUUUUCGCGUUUUUGUGGGCGCGCGCAACGCCGCCCGGCCGAAGCGAGUUGGAAGGCGUGACGUCACGGACGAGAACUGUUCCGACUUGGCAAGAAAUAUAACCAAUAUAACCGCUUACGGUUACGAGCCUUCCGCGUCAAGCGACGAAGACGAGCAGGCGGCCGUAGACGUGCCGGUCAGGCAGCCCGGGCCAGCAAGAUGGACAAGGGACAUGCGCUCCAGGAUCGGCGGGCUGGCCCUGACCGUCCGGACCGCUGGUGUCCUUUGCCUCCUCCUCAAAGCCGGCGCCAUGGCGGUCCCCCAGUCAAGGGAGCUGCCCACGCUCAGGGAAGUCCAGUUCUGGAACAAGCCUCCCGUGCAUUCGCGGAACGAGCAGUGUCCCCAGGGCGAGGACACCGUGACGUUCGAGAAGACGGUGGCCAUGAAGCCCGCCUCGCGCCGGCUGUCGCCCAUGUUCGCGCCGCGCGAGGACUUCCGGUCGCGCGGCGCCGUCACGCUGGACUGCCUUCGCCGCUGCCAGUCGUCGCCCCGCUGCCUGGGCGUGGUGGUCAACUACGAGCACAACGCGUGCUUCGCGGCCACCGCGCUCGACGACGAGGACGUGGCCAACACGCUCGGCUCGGCGACCGACCAGCCGCCCCUGGUGCCAGCGUCGGACCGCUCGAACUACUUCGCCAAGAUGUGCGUCCACGGUCCAGCGUGCGACAAGGACUGGGUGAUGGAGCGGGUGCCCGACAAGGAGCUGCGCGGAUUCGACGACCGCGUGGUGUCCGGGGUGCCCAGCUGCCAGCGGUGCCAGGAGCUGUGCCUGCACGAGGCCUCGUUUCCCUGCCGCUCGGGCGAGUUCGACGCCCGCGCCAGGGAGUGCCGGCUCAGCUCGCAGGACAGGCGGUCCCAGCCGAGCGCCUUCGUUCCGGCGCAGGGACCGCACGUGCACUACUUCGAGAACCUCUGCCUGCCGGCGUCCUCGGGCCACGCGUCCAACUGCGACUUCGAGCUGCACAAGGACGUGGACCUGCGGCGGGCCGACCAGGUGCGCAGCGCCUUCAGCGCCGACCAGUGCCGCUCGCUGUGCGAGACGUGCCGCGAGUUCACCUGCCGCAGCUACAGCUUCGCGCCGGCCGCGGGCGUGUGCGCCAUGUCCGGCGACGACACGGUCAGCCUCGGAGGGUUCGCGCUGCGCACGACCCCCGGCGUCGGCUACUACCAGAGGCCCACCUGUCCGGAGCCCGUGCAGUUGUCGUGCACGCGUGAGUCGAUGGCGCUCACGCUGCACACCAAGGAUCCCUUCGCGGGAAGGAUCUACCCGCGAGACGAGACGGCCGGCUGCGACGUCCAGGGACGCGGAUCUCGGGAGACCACGCUCGUCAUGGGACUCAUGGAUCGGCGGUGCGGAGUCUCCGAGGACGACCGGGGCCGAUUCACGAGCACCAUUGUGAUCCAGCAGCAUCCGGUGAUUCAGCAGAAGGGCGACAGGAUCGUCAAGCUGUUCUGCGUUUUCGACACCGGAAACCGCACGGUCACCAACACCUACAAGGUGCUCGUGGGCGGCGUGGGUCCGGCGAGCCGAGUGCCAGGCGUGGUGAACGCGACGGCCCCCUCGCCGAACGUGCGGCUUCGCAUCACGGACCGAGCCGGCGUGGACGUGGCCGGCGCCAAGCUGGGCGACGAGCUGUUCCUGCGCAUCGAGAUGGACGACGACAGCGUUUUUGGACUGUUCGCGAGGAACCUUGUUGCGACGAGCGGCCAGAACGACGAUUCCAUCGUUCUCAUCGACAGUGCGGGCUGUCCUACGGACAGAAACAUUUUCCCCGCUCUGGAGAAAUUGCCCGGAGACAAGACGAGGACGCUGCAGAGCCGAUUUGAAGCCUUCAAGUUCGCCGACGACGUCGUCGUCCGCUUUCAGGUCACGGUGCAGUUCUGCCUGCACGAGUGCGCGCCAGCUACGUGCGCCUCGGCCGGGGCUCGGUCCUACGGCAAGCGUCGGAGGCGGCGACGUAUGUACUUCCAGCCGCUAGGCCUGCAGAGGCGCAUGAGCCGCCGGUCGGCCGUAGCUCCGCCGGUGACCCCUAGCGGUGUCGCCUCGAACGCGACGCCGGCGAGUGCCGUCAAGCCUGGCGCCGUCAAGAAGCACAUACUGCCUACCAUGCCGCUUCCCGAGUAUCCGCUGCAGAGGGAGAUCAUCGUGCAGGGCAUCGGAGGUGGCGCCACCGACUCGGGCGUCUUCAGCAGCCGGGACCGAACGUCCAGGAGCGACUCGCGCAUGGUCUGCGCCACCCCCAGCGUCCUGACCGCGGCUGUGGUGGCGGCCUUCCUGGUCCAGCUGGCGCUGAUCGCCGCUUGCCUCUCGUGCGUGGCGCUGGCUCGGCGAUGCGGCGAGAAGCGACGGGGACACAUGGACGACGACGACGACGAGGACGACGAGGUUGUGGCGACCACGCCGUCGUCCAGCAGGGUGACGCCAGUGCGGGCGCCACCGCCCCGUCGGGUCUGGACGUCCUCCUUCCGAUGACCUGGUGUCCUGUCCGCCCGCAGUGGACGUCGGUGAACACCGUUUGAGGAGCUGCGAGGAGCACAGGGAUAGCGGGGACCGCGUGGGACCAGAAAAUCGCCAGGCCUUAAUCUUGUUUUCCAAGGCCUGCCGAUGGUUUCUGGGUGACGGAGGGAGAAGGAGAGGGACAUUCCUCCCGCUCGUCAACUGCUUCUUGUUUGUCUGACAGUAAAUAACACAUUCUUUUGUGGGGGUGGGAGACUUUGUUACAGAAAGAUGCGCCCUCAUUAGCAAUGCCAAUUCCAUGAAAAGGAAACCGGUUCGGCCGGUGUUUUCGGAAGCCUGCUGUUAAUUUUGGAAGAUAGUGGAGAGGGGGCCGAAGUCCCGCUCGCUCGUAAGCUAUAAGCUCCUUCUUGUUGUUUUCACAGUAACCAACAAAAUUCCGGUGCGGAGGCGUAGGACGCUUUGAAGCCGAAGGAUGCGCCGUCACUGGCUAUGCCAAUUCCAUAACGCGACCACUUCAAUGGAGGGACUUGUAACUUAUCGAGCGUGGUGGGGGACCUCUUUUCGUGAGGACCAUUGUGGAUCAAACGCACCGUAAUGAAGUGCAAGGCGUACUUGCAGGCGUACCUGCAGGUGUUAACGCCACGAGUAACAACUCGGAAACACGACGACCGUUUGGACGUCAAGGCCAAUAUACAGUUCGAACACGGUGGACAAGUGUACUUACGGCUAUGCGGACUACAUCAGACCGACUUGACUCGUGAACCGCAGGGCCCGUUGACAGAACUGUGGACUUGAAGGAACACUGGCGAUUGUAGGGCGGACCGUACUUCGGACUGCAGGGACCAUCCACGAACACCCGGGACCCAGCCUGAUCUGUAAACACUACGUUGUACCGUAGUGAGCGGACGCAACUGCAAGGACUCUGCAAAAAUCGCUUUAAGCGGGGACCUCUUUGGACUGUCGGACCGGCAGCAGAAAAAUCUGUACGCGCGGCACCUUCGAUAUCUACGAGGCGCUAUGCCAGAGCAGGCAGACUUUUCGUUCGACCCCUUGUGUGACAGCGUACAACGUGAAUAGGCUGCGUCGCGAUGGCGGUGGCGAACGAGGGCCGACACAGGACACGUAAAAAUAGCACGGCACAACGAAGGGCGAAAGGCAUUGUGAUUUCUCGACGUGUUUACACGGCAGUAAUAACAAUAAAAAAGAGAACCGA